CGCUGUCUUGACACUGGAACGCAAUUUACGUAAAAUGAAAGUGCCCAUAUGCUUGCUUUUGGCGUCCUGCGCUGUACUAGCGCAGCCACCACCGCCGCCACCAUCACAAGGUCCAGCCGCACCGAACCCGAACGCCGGUGCACCUCCCGGUGGAUCCCAAGGAGGCCCGGGCGGACAACUUCCGGAUGCGAAUCCAUGGCACGAGCUCUUGCACAAAAUGAUGACUUUGAUGCAGACAGCAGCGGUCGUGGAUGGUCAGGCGGGUGGACCGGGUCAACCCCAACAAGGCGGACCACAACAGGGAGGAGGCGGACAGGCACAAGGACCACCGCCGAGUGGUAGCCCGAGUCCCUCUCCUUCUUCCCAACCCGAUCCGUCACAACAGUGGGGUACACAGGCGCCCGACCAGGGCUAUCCCCAACAAGGACCACAGGGACAAGCAGGACAACAAGGCCCGGGUCCUCAGAGACCACAGCAACAGGCGCCCGAACAGAGUGGUCCACAACAAGGGCCACAGAGGCCACUAGGGCAGCAAGGGAUGGGUCCACAAGGGCAGCAAGGGAUGGGUCCACAGGGGCAGCAAGGGAUGGGUCCACAGAGGCAGCAAGGGAUGGGUCCACAGGGACAGCAAGGGGUGGGUCCACAGAGACAACAAGGGCAACAAGGAAAUGGCUUCCAACAAGGACCUGGUUUCCAACAGGGACCUGGUUCCCAGCAGCAACCACGCAAUCAGCAAACGAUGAGACCGACGCCACCACCAACUCGGGCACCACCAGCGCCCGUGAUACAGGACUGUUUCUGGGAAGGCAAAUUUUACAAACCAGGAAGUGACAUUGUUAGGGGUCAGCACGACACAUGGUGCUACGUAACAUAUUGCGACUCUAUGGGAAAUAUUCAGUUCUGGGAUGAUUUUGAAUGUCCCCUAAACUCCAUGAAACCAACUAGCGGUCACAGUUCAGGACGAGGGCCCGGUGCACCCCAGCCAGGUUGUAUGGUGGACAACAUGUAUUAUGAGCUUGGGCAGGAAAUAACAAAUCACCAAGUAGGUGAACGAUGCUACGGAACGUAUUGCAAUAACGAAGCGCAAGUCAUUCAGUGGGAAGAAUGGUGCGCCGCUCAGGCGCCGCCUACAAGUCAAGGACCACCACCACCAAACGCUGCUCCACAGCCUGUUCCAGCCGGAGCACCUAAACCGGGACCUGGCGCAAAGCAAGGCCCGCCAAAGGGAAAGCAAGGCCCGGGACCUCAAAUGCAAGGCCCGCCACCUGCUGCCGGAGCUGGCGCAGCUAGAGGCGGUCCCGGACCAGGAGCCGGUAGACAAGAAAGGCCCGUCGCUCCUGCCGCCGCAGGUGGUCUUGGAGGGGCCGGCGGUGGAAGAGCUAUGGGUCCAAAGCAAGGCUGCUACCACAAUAAUCUAUAUUAUCAACCCAACGAAGACGUAAUUGUUGGUAACAUUGGAGAUAUGUGUUACGGAUAUUACUGUGAAGGUGACAAUGUUUUCGUCCACUGGGAGGACAGGUGUAGUGCAGGCCAGCAGGCGGCUCAGCCGGCGACGAUGCCGUCGGUAUCCGGCGGACUUGGUUGGUUCUAAAAAGUUAUUUAUACAUAUAUAUUUUCUUUAUAGAAGGAUUCCAGUUUCAGUUUAAAUGUACUACUUAGCGAAUUUUCGAAUUUAUUCAAAUUUUCUUAUUAAGUCCGACAGUUAUGCAUUUUAAAAAUGGUUUUGGUAUAAUGUUUAAUCGGUAUAUCGACGGUAUUAUUUGGUCAUAUUCUUUUCAAUACUACCUAUGUUAAUUUUGCUCUUACCGAAUAAUAUUAGAAAAUUUACGAGCUCGAGUGGCUUAAUGCAUUCGCACCUUACUUCCGUCUUUCGGUGAUUUCACAGUUAUAGAACACUUCUAAACGAAGCAAAACUGUCUGAAUCAUGAUAAAAGAUUUGUCGGAUGAUAUGGGUUGUUUCUUUCUAAGUCGUCUGCAAAAAUAUAUAGUAAAGUGCAUUUGUCGUGACGACAACAUCAAUGUUGUUAAUAAAUAUAAAGACAAAAUAUUGGAGGAACAAUCAAUAUAGUUUACAUAUUUUUAAUGCAAAAUUCACCGUCGAUAUACCGCAUUUUUAUAAGAUGUGUCUUAUGAUUUAUUAUAAACAUUUAAGUAAGGUUUACGAUACACAUAAGCUAUGCAUGUUAUGUUGAAUGCCUGCGCAUGUUAUAUGUCAUGUCAUUUAUAAUUUAAAGCUACUUGUUCAUAAUGUUUGCCUCUAAUUACUCUUAUCCUUGUGGCAUGGAUCUUUUUUAAUAAACAUGCAAACCUUU